AUGACAGGUAUGAUUAUUCAUACAUCUGACUUCACUGGAGGAGCCAAACCAUUUAAUUUGAGUAGGGAAUGGAGCACAAGAGUGAAUAUGGAAUUCUAGGAACAAUAUAAUUUGGAAGGUAAAUUUGGAUAUCCUCAAUUGCCAUACAUGAAAGAUUUAGAUUAAUAACCAAUUAUGGCCAAGUCUGAAGUCGGAUUUUUUAAAUUCAUUGUACGACCACUUUGGUCUAUCAUGUCAAAGUUUGCUGAAGACAGGUUGCAAAAAAGUGUUGAAAAUCUUGAAUAAACUAUUUUAGAAUGGGAGAAAUUGAUGAAUAAUUGA